CAAAAGAAUCUUAGAGACAAACUUUUCCUACUCUAACAAGGCCGAGGCGGGGAUGGCAACGGCGAUGUCGAUGUCGACGACGACGGCGACGGCGACGACGGCGAAAACGACGUCUUUGAUGAGCGUCAGCCUCCGACGAAGCUGGAGCUUAAAGGCGUUCUCCGUCAAAGCAGCUUCUUCACGUUGUUCAACUUCAGAAUUCGACCCAAAAAUCCCGAUCGAAAAAGCACCAACUCCUCCCUUCUCCUGGUACUCUCUCCCCUCUUUUCACUCCCUGGAGCUCGAUCGAAUCUUCUAUAAAACCUGGCAGGUCGUAGGGUGCAGUGAAGAGAUUAAGGAUCCUGGAGACUAUUUCACUGGCAGAGUUGGAAGCGUCGAGUUUGUGGUGUGUAGAGAUGAUAAUGGGAAGGUUCGUGCAUUCCACAAUGUCUGUCGUCACCAUGCUUCGCUUCUUGCUUAUGGAAGUGGGAAAAAGUCUUGCUUUGUGUGCCCUUAUCAUGGAUGGACUUAUGGGUUAGACGGACCGCUUCUUAAGGCUACUAGAAUAACGGGAAUUCAGAAUUUCAAUGUAAAUGAAUUUGGGCUAAUACCAAUUCAAGUAGCUAUCUGGGGACCAUUUGUUCUUCUCAAUAUGGAGCAGAAAGUUACUAGUGAUGUAGAUGAUGUGGCAAAUGAAUGGCUUGGUAGCGCUUCAGAAGUGCUGAAUACUAAUGGAGUUGAUUCUUCGCUAAGUUAUAUUUGUAGACGAGAAUAUACUAUUGAAUGUAACUGGAAGGUGUUCUGUGACAAUUACUUGGAUGGGGGAUAUCAUGUUCCAUAUGCGCAUAAAGGCCUCGCAAAUGGUCUUAAGCUUGAUUCCUACUCUACCACAAUAUUUGAAAAGGUUAGCAUCCAGAUUUGUGAAGGUGGCUCGAUGGAGGGGAAAGAUGAUUACGAUCGACUUGGAUCAAAAGCUUUCUAUGCUUUUAUUUAUCCCAAUUUUAUGAUUAAUAGGUAUGGUCCAUGGAUGGAUACCAACCUAGUACUCCCUUUAGGACCCAAGAAAUGCCAAGUCGUGUUUGACUAUUUUCUUGAACCUUCCCUUAAGGAUGACAAAGAUUUCAUAAAUAGAAGCUUACAAGACAGUGAAAGAGUACAGAUGGAAGAUGUGGCGCUAUGUGAAGGUGUUCAAAGGGGGCUCGAGUCGCCGGCGUAUUGUUUCGGUAGAUAUGCUCCAAAAGUUGAGAAUGCUAUGCACCAUUUUCAUUGUUUGCUUCAUUCUAGCCUAAAUGAAUAAUUGUGCUUAGACAAGAAUGAACCAAAGUUGUUAGUUCUUAUUCUUCCAAUUCACUGUUGUUACAUAUUUCUCAAGUGCCAUAAUCCACGCUGUACAUAAAAUAAAUUCAAGAACCGUUUUGUUCACACGGUUAGGUUUUUUGCCAUUUGGCACAAACGCAUUAUUUGGCUAUCUUAAUUUUUAUGUUCUUAAUAGAGAAUCUGGAAAGACGCUAAUUAGAACUAUGACCACGGUGUACAUAAUAUAAGAAAUGUACCAAUGGGGUCUAUUGACUUAUUUAAUUCUUUUUUUUUUUUUUUCAUUUGUUAAUGGCACAACAGGUCCAUUAACUUUUUAGGUUUGUGACAAUAUGAUCCCCGAUCUAAUUUUAUGGGCAAAAAUAUUUCCGAAUUAGAUUUUAAAGGCAACAGUAGUCCUAACCACGAACAUAAGUUUUGAAUCACCAUC